AUGAGCUUUAGAGACGCCUUCCAGUCAUAUAUAGACCAUCCCGAGAAACAUCUGGACCUCGUUUUAUACCAUGAUGAGCAUGUCAUUAUUAUCCGAGAUCUAUUUCCCAAAUCCGUACGCCAUUAUCUAGUGAUCCCCAGAUCUACGGCACUAACUCAUGUACACCCCUUAGAUGUCUUUAAUCGCAAUUACAAGGACUUCACUGGCGAGGAGUUAUAUGAGCUUAUCGGAACAUAUGUGGAAAAGGCCAAAGAGAUGAUAAUAGAAGAUAUAGACAAAUCCUUGGGCAAUCACCCCAAUAACAAGUUGAAGCUAGCUGAAUUCAAGAACAAGUUCAUAAAGUCUGGAAUUCACUCCAUUCCAUCUCUCAGAAACCUUCACAUACAUGUCAUCACACAAGACUUCUUUUCGACACGAAUGAAACACAAGAAGCACUACAAUUCAUUCACUACCAAAUUCUUUGUCGAAUUUGACAAGUUAAAUCCAAAUUACAAUGCUGGCUACUGCAAAUUGAGGAGUGGAACAUCUGACAAGUAUGAUGACUAUGAUUCCGAUUCAGUCCACUCCUCAGAAUCGGAUGAGGACGUUAUGGUAAUAAAGAAUGUUCGUAAUGAAGCUGUGUUAAAUGACAUCAUAAAAAGCACUCCUCUUCAAUGUACAAUAUGUGGUGCUACAUUUGGGAAUAAGUUCCAGAAAUUGAAAGAACACAUGGAAGAGGAAUUCACUAAGAAAUAUAGUAGUUUUGAAGGUUAUGAUGUAAACAAACUAAUCAAAAGUCAAAUAUAA